GCAACUCAUAUUUUUUACAAGAAAUAUUUUGAAGAAUAUAGAAUUAAACUUGAACUUAUUGCUAAAGAUAACAUAAAUGAGGUGUUUACUAGUCUAGAAGAAGAACACUAUAUUAUCGUUCCUUUUCUAAUCAUUGACAGCAAAGGGGAAAGAAUUGCUACACCUGCUAAAGAUAACUUAAAUAAAGUUUUUUCUUUGGAGACUCUCAUUAUUAACUGGAUUACUUUAAAAGUUAACCAUUAUCUUCUUUCCAAAUGUAAGGAUUUGAAUAAAAUCAAAAAAAUUUAUAGCCAUUUUGAGGCUUUUGAAGAAUGUAAAGAUAAAUUACGAAAUAUUUUCGGUGAAAGGCUUAAAAAUGAUAUGAAAAACAACCUUCAUCCUGUUAGUAGAAAUAAACUCUCAACAAGUGAAGCAGCACAACUAGUGGCGAAUGAGCCAUAUUUAGAAAAUUCAGCAUCCAUAUCCAAUAAAUUGUAUGCUAAAUUAUAUGGAUUAAAUUUUUUAUUAAAUAAUAGUAUUCAAGAUGACAAAA